AUGCAAACCUCAACACUUAAUCGUGGUAUCCAAUUUGCUCUUGCUGUAAUUAUCUUGGCUAUUUCUGCUGUUGUAUUAAAGAAAACAGGAAGUUUAUCAGAUGCCAUUGAUGAAUUGAAUUCAUUAGUUAAUGCAACUAAUGACACAUUACUUUUAGAUUUAUUUGAAAAUGAUGGUUUGAAUUUGACGAGCUUAGAUUUGAGAUUAAAGAAGAGAGAUCUAUCAUUACUUAAUCUGUUUGAUAAUCUUACCUUAUCAUCUACAGGAAAACCAAUUCUAAUCUCAUUACUUUCAGGAUCUUUGACUUCAGGAUCACAUACAACCAUAUAUGGUUCUAGUUUCCUAAACAUUUCUCCUCCUAACAAUGCAGGUCAAACUUCAUUAGGACUUUCAAAGAGUCAAUUAUUAUAUCUUACUAGUCUUGUUGGUUCAGAAGCAGGUUCUGUUGGUUUAUGGUUCACUUCUAGUAUCUAUCAAGCAUCAAUGUACGGUAAUUGGCAGUGUGGAGAUGUUCAACUGUUAUUAUUAAACUAUAAUCUAACUGAUUCUACAUAUCCAGAUUCCAUUUUACUGAAUUUUUUUGGUAUUGAAGGAGGUAGUGGUAUUCCUAAUGUGCCAAGUAUGAUUAAUUUCACCUCUAUCAAUACAAAUAAUCUUACUACAAUGUUGGCACAAUCUGAGUUGCUUUUAAAAUUAUCUGCCGAUUGUCAAAUGCGGAAGGCAACUUUAUCCCUUAGUGUACUCGGAUCCUUGACUUAUUUUCUUUCUUCUGGGAUCAUGGUUACUAGUGCUGUCGCUUUUUAUAGAAACCUUCAGGAAGUCAACAAGACCAAAGUCCCUAUCAACUUAAUCUAUGAGGAUCCAAUGAAUUUCCCCAAAGUAGAUCAAACAGAAUCAACAGAUUCAGAAGUUUAUUUUGAUUCGGUUUAA